ACAAGGUAAAAAGGGCUAAUUUGCAAGUAAACAAAAGAAUACUUAAAUGGUGGUCAUUUUGGAAUAACAUGUAUAGGGAAAUUUUGAAGGAAUGGUGAACCUUGAGUGUUAGCGGUUUCAAUAUCACAUGCGCCAUUUAUAGACCUGCCAUCCCUCCUGGUUGGGUAGGAGUUUCCUCCUUGUUUUUUUCCUCAAAAACAUAUGGACCGGAAAAUAUUAUAAAAAUGUGGCAAAAUGUAAUUUAGGCUAAAUUAAACUCAAAAAAACUGCUGGCCAAGGAUCACUCCCUUGAUAUGGGGUGAGUUUAUCAAAUGUUAUAUUGGUGUUGCAUAGUGUAGUAAAUUCCCUCUUAAUAUGGAAUUUGUUAUCCUGUGCUAUUCCAAAAUGACAAUAGUCAUCAUUGUAGGCACCAGAAGUUGUGUCAUAGCUUCAUGUUUGGUGCCAUGUUUUCACUUAAUUAGUUUCCUUUGUUUUGUGGCCUUUUGUACAUGUUAUGUUCAUUUGCAUAUUCUAUAUGUUUGGUUCGCAUGUAAUUUAUUUAGUUAGUAGUAGUUUGAGUUUUUGUCUAUGCCUUGUUCUGGAUUUGCUCCAGUUUUACAGUUCGUCUUUGGUUUUGGGGUUCACCACAUUCGUCUUGUAAGUUUCCUCAUUUAUUUCGCUUUGCCGUUUUUCUGCAGUCUUCAUGCUGACGGUCGUUGUUAGUUAUUUUAUGUCCAUUCCCGUGUUUGUAAUUUUGUUAUUUUCAGUUACUGUGUUCAAUCUACAUAUUUGGUGGAAUUUAACUGCUAUGGCAAGAUUUGGAUGAGUAUGAUAAGCAUGUGCAACAAUAAUCAUAAUGUAGAAGAAUGAAGAUUUCUGGGGUGUGAACGUAUUGCUUAGUGUAUUUAGGGGUUUGCUGGCCAGUGAGUAUUGUGUGACACCUGAUACAGGUUACAGUGAAUGUGUUAUGCACAAAACAAUUAGAUCACACCAAGCUUACAAUUAAAUAGCUUCAUGUCAUGUUUUUUUUUCUCUGCUGACUAAUCUUGGAUAAAAAGAUAUUUUAUAAAAUUAAUGUCACAUUUGUUUCUACUGCCCACAGUAUGUUAGAGGCUCGAGAUAGGUACUAACAUGGAGGAAGAGGAUGUUAUGAACACCAGACUAGCAAUCAAAGAAUCACUGAAAAAACUUGAUGAGUACACAUCUUAUCUCAGAUCAAGGCUAACAGACAUCAAGUCCACGCGUGAAGGAGUCAAAAACAGCAUCAGCAAAGCACGCACUGAGGUUGAGGAGAGAUUUAAGGAAAUAAAGCAAGAAAUAGCACAUGUAUUAGAAACUCGCCAAAAAGCAAUUCUAAGUACUAUUGGUGAGAUAGAGAGGAAGGAUCUUGAUCCCCUGACUAAUUUGGAAGACAGAAUCAAUGGGCAGCUAGAUAAAACUGUUCAACUUAUUGAAAAAGGAAAUUCCUCCCUUGAUGAAGAUGAUGCUACACUCCUAAGUGAAGGAAGGAACUUGCAAAAUGAGCUGCAAUUUUCAUCUAUAAGGUAUCCUGAUACUCCUUGCAUAUCACAAACCUUGUCUGUCACUUUCAGCGACAGUCACACCCAGUCAGUUCUUGAUGCUGUCAAUUCCAUAGGAGAAGUCUCCAUGACAGGCUCACUUCAAAUAGCAGAGCUGGUUGAGCAUCCUGGAGCUAUCCUGGUUCAGUGGUUUGAUGAGACAUAUUCAGAUAGUGAGUCCAUCACAGAUUACAGUGGCGUCCAGGAAUACAUGCUACAGUGUUGUCGUACAGACAACAAAGGCAACAGUGAUUCAGUGUUCAGCACAGUGUAUUGUGGUGAGGAAUCAUCUCACUUGGUUUCAGAUCUUGAACCUCAUGUGUCUUACACUUUUCGUGUCUGUGGAAGGUUUGGAAAUGAAGGAAAAUGGGGAUCUUGGAGUAUUCCAAGGAAUGGAAUAACAACACUUGACCAGCAUGAAUGGUCUGUGGAGGACUGUCUCAACCAAAAUAAACUAGCUGUGUAUCAACUCAGUAACAGGAGGAAAACUGCAACAAAAGUGUUCCCUGACUGCUCCAAAGUUCUGCGAUCACAAACAAUGAGUUACAGACUUGAUACAGCACUGAUUCUCAAGAUUGACGAGACUGGUGAUCCCAGUAAUGGUGAUGGUAUUGGCCUUACAACUGCAUCAUUUGAUUUUAGCAAUGCACGACAAGUCCUACAAUGCCCUGGUUCAGUUAGCAUAAAUUCCAAAGGUGUUGUUUACGUUAAUGGGACAGCCAUGACAACAAGGUUACCACAGUUCAAACGAGGUUCAGUGGUCAUGUUUGAUGGAAGUCGCGUCUCUAAAGACAAGCUUCGGGUGUCAAUCACUGUUGAUGACAAGCUAGUGACUUUUGAUUGGCAGGUUGACAGUGAGGGUGAUGCAUUUUAUUUUGCCAUGGGAUUUCAACACUCAGGCUGGCAAGUCUCUGUCUAGAAUUAAACCAUCAUGGAACGUUUUUUAAUGUUAAGACAAAAAUACUGUAGGGAGCAGUGCAGAGGACCUGUUUAGAUGUUCUUGAACUUCAGUUAAAAUGUCGAGAUCCGCACAGUUCUCUUUAUCAGCCAGUAACUGGAAAUAAUUUCUGUGAAAUGAAGGCAAAAAGGUACAGCUGGAGAUUCACAAUUAACACAAUUUAGCAUAAAUUUUCCAAAAUAUAGUUGCAAAAAGAAUCGUCUGUCUUUUAGCCAGGUUUUAUUUCUGGAUAAACUGAUAAAAAAAAAAAACAAGGGUGUAGCACAAAUUCAAGUUAGGUGUAUUAGGGCCUGUAGUAAAGUAAUAUAACAUACGCCUGUGCCUUUUGAAAAUCCGGUUACAGAAUAUCCCUGUGCUCUAUACCUUACACUACAACAAAAUAUUCUGAUUAAGAAAUAACAAAGCUUUACCUCGAAAUGUGAUAUUAUAAAAUGAUUCUUAUUAAAAUUUUGCCAAAUUAUUUUACAUUAUAUGAUGAUGAUUCACACUUCUUUAACAGUGUUUCACUCUGUAUUGAUUUAUAUUUUAUAAGCAACACCAAAAGUUAUUUAAAAUAUUUCAAGGUAAAAUAAUUUGCUUGAGAUUUCAAAAUUAUAGGUGUCAAUUUUUAUUGAUUCAAUACAAACUAAGGCCAUAUUAAGGCAGUGCAAAUGUUUGAAACAUUUAUAGGAAUUUUAUGGCAAAAGUUGCUGGAGGUCACAUGACCCUGACUGCAAAAUGCACCCAAUAAAAGAAUAACAAAAAUGCAGGAGUAUAAAUUUUACAAAAUCAUGUACAGUAGAUACCACAGAUAAUUUUAAAGGAUAAGGAAAAUUAAGAGAAAGUGCUCUGUUGGUAUAUGACCUUCUUAACUGUUCUAAUUUUAAGCACCUCCACCCACUCGAUAAAUUCUCACCAUAGAAUUUAUAGAAAUGUGACCUUGAGAUAAAAUUUUGCUAAACUGGAACUGUACUGAUUGUGGUCUGAUAUUGUAAUAGAAUUCAGCCUUUGUUCACUGCA